AUGCUACAGUUCCUGCUUGGAUCUACUUUUGGCAAUGUGGCCAGAAUAUAUUUGGCUCAGAACUAUGACAUACUAAACCUGGCUAAAAAACUUGAAGACAUUAAGAAGGACUUGGAAACCAAGAAGAAACCCCCUAGCUCCUGA